AUGAAACAUCACAAACUACCAGAUCGAGGCAUCGAUGUUCUGUCACUCCUCCGCCGGAGAAUACUGCGCCUGACGACGGGCCUCAUACUGGUGUGGUGGAUAGCAAUAUGGUGGGGCGAGAGCGGCAUCUACAGCAGCACCGUGUCGCAGUGCUCGUGGGAGAAUUGGGAGACAUGGACCACCCAAGCACAGCCACAUCACGUUCUCCUCAUAGCAGACCCCCAGCUCGUCGAUCCGCACACCUACCCAGGCCGGCCAUGGCCUUUGAGCACGCUAACCAUACUCUACACCGACCUGUACCUCCGCCGCGCAUACCGCACGCUUCAACAGACUCUCCGUCCAGACUCAACACUCUUCCUCGGUGACCUCUUCGACGGCGGCAGAGAGUGGGGAACAGCAGACUACAAGUCGCCGGAAGACCGGUACAAAGGCUACGGCGACAAGUUCUGGCGCAAAGAGUACAGGCGCUUCUCGAACCUAUUCCUGCAAAACUGGUUUCAUGGCUCCAUCUCAAGCCAUGCCGCACCCUACGGUCGCAGACUUAUCGCCUCAGUGCCGGGCAAUCAUGACCAGGGCUUUGCAAGUGGGAUCGACCCCGCGGUCAAGAGCAGAUUCGACGCUUUCUUCGGACCCUUGAACCGCGUGGAUGUGUUGGGAAAUCACUCAUUCGUAUCCCUCGACACGGUCUCCCUCAGCGCAAUGGACCAAGUCGAUCCCAACACAGGCGCACACGGCGGCGGGGAUGCCAGCGCCUCAGCUACCGCCAUCCAGCGAGAGUACGAUCUCCUCCAACCCAACAUGAAAUUCCCACCAGACCUCAUCGAUCUCGCAGACCCCUACGCCCCCUCCAAUCCCCGCCACCAACCACCAACACCCGACAUCCCCACCUCACAAUUCCCAACCAUCAUCCUCUCCCACGUCCCCCUCUUCCGCCCAGACAACACCCCCUGCGGCCCCCACCGUGAAGGCCGCCCCCACAUCCCUCUCUCCGCCGGUUACCAGUAUCAAAACGUGCUAACCCCGCUCAUCUCUUCCGACAUCAUCAAGCACCUCAAUUCAGAAGAGAUCGUGCAGAUCUACUCCGGCGACGACCACGAUUACUGCGAGAUCACGCAUUCGGAGUAUACGGGCGCCAUCAAGGAGAUUACUGUGAAAUCUAUGUCUUGGGCUAUGGGCGUGAGAAUUCCGGGAGUGCAACUGGUUAGUUUGUGGAAUCCGGUCGAUUUGAAGAAAGCUGUAAAUGAGGCGUUCGCUGAUCCCGAUGUUGACGGAUCGAAUCCUACGCGCCUCCCGGCGCCGAAGGACACACUCCAGAACCACCUCUGCCUUCUGCCUGUUCAGCUGGACGUCUUCAUUCGCUACGCCCAGCUUCUCGGCUUGACGCUGGUGAUCCUGGCGAUUGAUACGGUCCGCACAACGCGGCGGAGGAGGCAAUUGAGGAAGACGACGCCGUAUGAUCGGUCUGAACCGUUGUUGCCUCUUGUUAGUACGACCACAACUACGAACCCUUCCAAAGAUGCUAUUGCGCGCAAGCGCUCAAACUCAAACUCCGCCAACCAGCUUCUAGCUGCUACUGCAAAUGGUGCAGCGACGGAGCGAUUGUCUGCACGGAGCAGCUACGGCAACCUGCCAGCCUCUUCGCGAUCGGCGUCACCUGCGAAGGCGUCGUCGUAUAGUCCGCCGAGGGAGUACAGUGACAGCAGCAAUCCAUUCACUUUCCAAUCGACUGAAACAGCAGCUUCGCCAAACAAUGACGAAGACGACGAUGACGACUGGGGAAUGCCCAGCAAGAAAAACCGAGCACUUAUGCUCCCACCAAAGGGAGGCGCCCUCACGAUAUUCGGGCGGAAGAUAUACCAGGUAGCCUGGCCGGUCUUGCUGGUUUAUGGUUGGUUCUUGUGGCGGGAUCGUGAACCGGGGAUCUAG